AUGAGAUUGGAAUUAUGGCUAUUCAAGAACACCACAGAUCUGACAGACGCUGCUCAUCCAUACCAAAGCUACUGGUGCUCCCUCCUAGAAUUCCCAAUGGAUUUUACUAACAGAAGCCUCGGAGACCUGUAUUCCUUCUUGCACAGCUCUGGAGUCAGCCUAAGCGGCAAUAUGUUUAGGAGGGGGGGCAUAUACUACUUGCAUGUGACACCCAGCGUCUAUGGGGGUGCUGGAGGCCACGGCACCCGCAUCUCAGUCUCCAGGCGCUUGAUGAACUAUGGGUAUGAUAAUAACAGAGGGAACCUGCUGUUAGGCGAUGAGAAGAUGACCAUGCAAAACCUGAAUGAUCGCCUAGCAAACUACCUGGAGAAGGUGCGGCUCCUGGAGGAGGCCAGCAUUAAAUAUGAACAGCAGAUCAAGCAUUGGUACGAAACAAAAGUGCCCAGCCCCAGCCGGAACGACAAACGCUAUGACGAACAAAUCGAAGCCCUGAAAAAUCAGAUUAAAGAAGCUCACCUGGAAAGAGGCAAAUGGAUCCUGCAAGUUGAUAAUUGUAGAUUUACUGCUCAGGACUACGAACUAAAACGUGAGACUGAGAGAGAGAUGCGCCUGAUAGUGGAGUCUGAUAUCUGUGGCAUGCGUAAGCUCAUUGAUGAGCUAUCCCUACGUAAAACAGACUUGGAGAUUCAAAUAGAAGACCUGAAUAAAGACCUGCUUCUCCUCAAAAAAGAACAUCAGCAGGAAGUGGACAAGCUACGCCAACAUCUGGGCAAGACUGUCAACGUGGCGCUAAAGGCUGCUCCAGGCCUGAACAUCAGUGCCAUCAUCGAUGAAAUGAGGCGGAGAUAUGAAGCCUUGGCUGAGGAGAACCUUCAGAAGGCCAAACAAGAUUUUCAGUUACAGACAGAAGGUCUGCAGCAAGAUGUCACGCGAAACACUCAAGAGUUAAAAGAAUUUGAGGCUCAAAUAAAGGAGCUGACCUGCACCUACCAGGAGGUGGACAUAGAACUCAAGUCUCAACUCCGAAUGAAAGAUUCUUUGGAGCAUACACUGCUGACUACCAAAGCUCAUUAUAAUAGCAAGCUGGCCUCCAUCCAGGCAGAGCUGAAUGCCCUACAAGCUCAGCUGUCGCAGAUUUUGACGACUGCAAAGCACGAGAACCAAAAAUACCAGGAACUCCGUGACGUCAAGAUCCAGCUUGAACAAGAAAUUGAGACUUACCGUUACCUUCUGCAAAGAGGAAGGGAUAUAAUAAUUACAGAAUCACAGUUAAGCACCCUGGAGGAGAGAGAGAUAAAGAAAAUCAGGAUGAUUAAGACAGUCGUAGAAGAAAGAGUGGCUGGCAAGGUCGUGUCAUCUGAAGUCAAACAGGUGGAAGAAAAUAUGUAA